AUGACAAAGCUGAGCACUCUGCUGGGCUCUCGGUCCGAGGCGAUGUUUGAGUGCAUGUACACGAAGCACAAGACGCAAAAGCGCAAGAUAUGGCAAGAUGGGUUUGUGAGGCUCUCUGCCUCGCGCAAACUCGUCGUCUAUGCCGACGACGACGGGGCGGCUGGAAAAGCCAUUGACGACGCCAAGUUGACUUCGGUGGACUGGGAUGGCAAGGACGAGGAGUACAUUGAGACGUCCAAGUUUCUAGUCGAGAUUGUCAACGAGACGCCCGUUAUCUCGACAGCGUCCACCGUCUCGAACCAAACGAGUCGUCAGGCUUUUGAUAGCAACAAGGCAACAGCUCGACCGGGACUUCCUGCGAGGUCUUCCGAGUCGAAAUUCCGCACACCAAUCAGUCGCGGUCUGCAGCGGCAGGUUAGACUCGGCGCAUCAGAUCGAGUGCAGCACCCGCACAGUCGCCACACAGAUACAUCGUACAGUGCGCCAGCUCCAGUUCUGUCAUCAUCAGCAGCGGUAGCACCACCACCGACUUCUGAUCCGUGUUUCGACUUUGUCCGCAACCCGACGUCUGAGUGGAACUACGUUGCCAACGCCAUGUGCCGCACGCCCGAUGAAGUGCUCGCGUUGCUGGAAACGUAA